AGAGAUGGUAAGCAUGUAUAUUGCUGCAGGAUAAAUUUUCUCCAGGCAUGUCAAGAGUUCGAAGCUUGGUAUUGUAGUUGGGUCAAUCUAGUCGGUAAACAGUAUAGUGUGGUGUGUAAAAUACGGACACGAGGGAAGUAUUCAGGUGCCACGUAAGCGGGUACCAUUUUCGGUUUCACGUAUGGUUUAUGCGUCCAGUUCAUCUCCAGACUCCAGGUAUCAGAGUCGUAUACUCACGGUAAACUCAUAUCACUUUCGCUCAAAUCCACUCUCCGUUCUCUUCUCCGAUCUAGCAACGCAAUUUCACUCUCUUCCCCAGCUGUUACCGCGCAAUCAUCGGCCCUAUAUCUCAACGCCUUCCGUCUUUUUCACCGCCGGCGCCACCGCCGCCGCUUGAUUCACCUCCCGAUUCGUUGCCGCCUGCUCCGAGGGGAUUCGGUUGCCGCCGUCGGGGUGAUCAGUGAUUCAAUAUAGACGGACGGACGUACGCACGCAUCGGCCGGUGUUUUGGCGAAGAAUGAUAGUGGGGAGUACUAGGGUUUAGGGCUUUUUUGAAUUUGAUGGCGUCAGGGGCAGCGUCUGCGUCAGUGUCAGCGUCAGCUUCGAUUUCGCAGAGCUUGAGGGAUGCUUACAAUGGAAUGUCCUCCGACAAUAUCAAGGGAUUGGUUCUCGCAUUGUCGUCCAGUUUGUUCAUCGGCGCUAGCUUUAUUAUUAAGAAGAAAGGUUUGAAAAGGGCCGCAGCGUCUGGCACCAGGGCUGGAGUGGGGGGAUACUCAUACCUGUAUGAGCCGCUUUGGUGGGUGGGCAUGAUUACCAUGAUUGUAGGAGAAAUUGCCAAUUUUGCAGCUUAUGCAUUUGCACCUGCUAUUCUGGUUACUCCUCUUGGUGCACUCAGCAUUAUCAUAAGUGCAGUGCUUGCACACAUUAUUUUACGAGAGAAGCUACAUAUAUUUGGAAUUCUUGGUUGUGCAUUGUGUGUUGUGGGAUCCAUCACAAUUGUUCUGCAUGCUCCUCAAGAACGCCAGAUUGAAUCAGUGAAAGAAGUGUGGGAUCUUGCUACUGAGCCAGGUUUUCUCUUUUAUGCUUCUGUGGUGGUAAUAGCUGCCUUGAUUAUCGUAUUUUGCUACAUACCAAAAUAUGGGCAGACACACGUAAUGUGCUAUAUUGGAGUAUGUUCUCUAGUAGGUUCCUUAUCGGUGAUGAGUGUCAAAGCAAUUGGUAUUGCUCUAAAGUUGACAUUGUCAGGAAUGAAUCAGCUAAUAUAUCCUCAGACCUGGGCCUUUACAUUGAUCGUCGUGGUUUGUGUGCUUACUCAAAUGAAUUAUUUAAAUAUGGCUCUUGACACAUUCAACACAGCUGUUGUGUCGCCUAUAUACUAUGUUAUGUUUACAUCUCUAACCAUUUUGGCUAGUGUGAUCAUGUUCAAGGACUGGGAUAGACAGAACCCUACACAAAUUGUGACGGAGAUGUGUGGAUUUGUGACAAUACUUUCUGGAACUUUUCUCCUUCACAAAACCAAAGACAUGGCUGAAGGUAACACGCCACGAUUUCCCAAGCACGCUGAUGAGGAGGAUGGUUUCGGUCAGGAAGGCAUCCCUUUGAAGCGGCAAGAUACCUCGAGAUCACCAUGAUGUAUUUUGAUUUUCUUUUUUCUUCUCUCUCACUUUUUGCUCAUUACAGUAGCCAAUCUCUGAGAAAAAGAACACACUUGUGUGAGAUUGUAUUUUACUAAGUAGGGGUAUUCUUUCUUCUAAAUAGUGCAUAGAAAAGGGAGAGCCUCUGUUUUUUCCCUUUCCCUUUCUGUGGAAAAAAACAGACAUCUUUCCUCUUCUUCUCAAAUGAUGUCAAUAUACAAAAACAAUGAAAAUUCGCGACGUACAAACGAAGGCCCCUUAAGCUUCAUUCA